GCGUGCUUCGCAUAUGCAUGACCUUGGCGCUAGCAUUUAUAAACGCCGACAAAGCUUGCACCUGCCGCAUAGAACCCGCUUUCAGCCUGGGCGUCGUCACGGGCACUGCGGCUGAGCUUUCGGACUUCCUGCUCUGGUCUUCUGGUUUCCUGUGCUCAGCAGCACCUGUCCAUCUUCCAGCUGGGCCUGAUUGGCAGCGUGUUCCUGUGGGCUGGAAUCUUGGGAGCCGUCUUCGCUCCCAACAUGGCCUGCAUGACCCUGACGCUAGGCGCAAUCCAUGGUGUGGGCGUCGGCAUUGUCAGCGUGACCCUGGUCAUCGUAGUCAUGAUGUACUUCGACAAAUACCGUGGAAUAGCCAGCGGCAUCAAGUACGCCGGAUACUCGCUGGCUUCACUGCUUUUUCCAAUGAUACUCACACUGCUGAAGGAUGCCUACGGGUUCAGAGGAUCUAUGCUAGUGUACGCUGCGAUCACCAUGAAUGCUACAGCUCUGACUUUGCUUUUGAAAGAGCCUCCAUGGGAAAUAAACGCUCGGAACCGUAAGACCGAAUCAUCUAAUGAAGAAAGUAGGAGCAUUUCUUCGAUUACCACUGCCACUCUGGAUCAUGCAGUUCCAAAACCUUUAGCAUUUCGAGUAGGCACUGGAAGUAAUGGCCUUGGCUCUGCAGAAUCUAUAAAGACAGUGAGCUCUCUUGUACCAAACGAUGUAACUCUGGUAGACUUUAUUGACAACUGGGUAACAAGACCAGAAGAACUAGAGAUAAAUUCGUGCAGGAGUAGCAAUGAGUACCCCACUCAGCAGGCAAAUAACGCCAACAUUGUUAACCACUGGCUUCACAUUUCGAAGUUUCCGGGGAAGAAAGAAAGAACUAACAAGAUGGCUUACAUGGCAGAUGGAAUGAAAGAAGAGCGAAAGGCAACACGUGUGAACGAAGAUGAAACAUCAAAUGAAGCGAACCGGAUAAAUUUGCGGAAAUCUCCCCCUUCUUGUUCGUCAUUUGGAGAGAUCGGUAGCCUGUUAUCCAAGCCUAGGUUUUACGCUUGCAUGUUGGCGGUCGUAGCAAUGGACUACACAAUGGUCAUCUUUCCAGCGACCAUAGUAGAUUACGCGCUUGACAAAGGGUCUUCCCGGAGCCACGCUGAUCUUGCUGUGAUGUACUGCUCACCAGCAGAGAUGUUUGGUCGUAUUGUGCUUCCACUAAUUAGUGACUACAGCAUAGUGAGCAGGACAACAUUGGUAUCAGCAAGCUUCUUCCUACUCGCCGCGUCUAUGCUGGCCCUACCAGCGACUCCUUCUUUCCUGGCUUAUAUUCUCGUGUGCGCAUGCGCGACAAUGUUAACGGCUUGCUUGGUCGCCAUGAAGCCUGUGGUGAUUGCCGAUUACAUCGGUAUCAAGAGCGUCGCUACAACCUGGGGAUUCGCUGGACUGACGCUGUUACCUCUUUUCCUGUGCAGCCCACAUAUCAUCGGUUACUUCCGAGACACAAAAGGAAGCUACGAUGGACUUUAUCAGUUUCAAGCUGGUAUCCACUGCUGCGUCGGUGGCCUGUUCGGACUUCGAUCUUUCUUAGACAGAAGGCGGCGGAAAGACUGGAUGAUAUACUUGGUUAAUUAGGCUGCUCGCUUUAUCGACUUUCAGAAUUGUUGUAGCCUUGCAGAAAGCUCUAAGGUUUUCUGUAAUAACGGUUAGUGCGACGUAACGACAGUACGAAAAGGCGUCCGCGUAACAAAUGUUCCACUCGUGGAAACAUCUUACAUGCGUCCCUUGUGGGUUAGCUGCUAAUUAUUCGUGCCCACAAUUUUACCAUUAACUGUGCGGCUCUUGACUUUCAAGCCCACACUACACGAACGCUUGACAGCUCGCUUCUACGCGCCUAUUUGCUGAGCUAGUUGGUUCAUGACUUAAAAACUAAAGUUACGCACGAAGUAUGAGCUGAAGUGGACUUCCAGAACAAUGUUGGCAUGAGUUCUGGUCAGUUAUUAGGUAUUUAGCAUUUGUACUUACAGUCCACUGUCAUGUGUUUUAACCGUUCUUAUUAUGUUCAAAAAGACGGUUUAAGCAUCGGCUCUUCUGUAGCUCCGGUUUUAUGCGACAGUUACUUUCAUGCAUUGACAUGCGCAUCUUUGUCAAAAUCAGCAAUUAUAAUGUAGUUAAGAUCUAUAUGGAUGACUACCUUGUGCUUUUAAAUCUAAUUGAGACUAGCCUUGACGUUGCUGUGGCACAAUUAGCUCAUACAUUAUUGACAGACACUGGCGGACUAGAUUUCACCUGGGAAUUGCCCACCCCAAAACUAAAUUCAAUUUCUGGACUUUAACUUAGCUUCAUAAAGGCCCACGUGUGCUGGAUGUACAACCCAAGACUAAGAAAUGCCUUCUACCAUUUGACAGCGUGCAUUCUAAACUGAUCAAGCUGAACACAUGCUUCAAUUCGGCAUUAAUGAACUCAUGCGACCACAAUCUUGUUACAGGUUUCAGUAAUCAGACUAACCACUUGGAAGACGUUUGAGUUCCUCCCUCCGUUAUUUCGGGUGUGUGCGAAAGCCUCCAGUACAAGAUAAAACACGGGAAAAAAGAGCAGAAGUUAAAGGAAAAAAUGAACACUUCCGAAAUUUCAUACGUACACAAGAUGCCCCACAAUAUAAAGAAUGUCGCAGCCAGAUACGAUGUGGGCAUUGUGUUUCGCACCCUAUGCAGAUUGGCCAAAAUUUGCCAUGUCAUGAUGAAGAAGCUGCCGGCUACGUGCUCGAAGAAGCACGUCACAAGCUAGACCGAUUGUGUUAGCGAUGUCGUUUACAAUAUUGCACUAAAGUGUGGCAAGGUGUACAUUGGACAAAAUGGACAAUGCUUCACCGAUCGAGUGAGAGAGCAUUGGUUGGCGGUCAACAGCAACAUGGCCGGGCAUUUGGCAGACCACACUGCAAGCGCUUUGGUUGUGUGCCACUUCUGGAGAAAAGGAGCUUUCUAAGAAAAGCAAAAGACGGCACUGAAAGGUAGAUAAUCACCGAGGUUUUCUUCAUUUAAAAAAAACUGGAAAUAGGUGCAUUAGCACGCCGUCACUAGCAUUAAGUGACAAAGAAAUCUCAUUCAUAAAUGACAGCCUGUGAUCAUCGCUAAGAUUAGGACGUGUCGCUGACUCAUUUGGUCGGAUACUCGGAUUAAGCCUGUAAUGCACGCGUGCUCAUAUGUACCUGCCAUGAUAAUUCAGUACAGGUCACUGGCCUACGAGCAGUGUUAAUUCCUAUCACCCUCCACUGUGACUCCACUGUGACUACUUUGCACUAAGGUUCAUGUAUAAAAUUGCGUUGUUUAUUGUGAAUAAACAUUUGUAUCUUGACACCCGUA